GCGCUUGUGACGAAUCAUGGGACAAGUCAUGCAACACGGCAGUCAUGGCAACAUGUGAGCAGACAGCUGGCAGCAGGAAACAUGAAAAGAUUAACAAUAACAACCGUCAGCAACUUUUCAAGUGUUUAUUUGAGAGAUAAGGUAGGUUAAAGUUGUAGUCAAGUUUGAUAAGUUGUUGUCAUUACCCGUGGCAAACGCUUGCCACAUACAGUCACAGCGUGAUAGUUUUCAAUAAAGUAUGCUCGUCAGGUUAAUUAGCUAAGUCGACGACUUAGCUAGAUGGCUAACUAAGCUGCUAGUUUGGUUAUUCCAACGCAUAUGUAAGUUAAAUAAGUUGCAUUCCUACGAUGUGAACAACACUUACAAGUGCGUCUUUGGCAACCGUAAUUUACGACUGUGAGCUCGGUGGCCAACUUAACUCUAGCGAAGUGGUUCGCGAACAUGUCCGGGGAGCGAGCACCUUUGCCAGCCGGGGGCACCGGCCUUCUCCGCGGCAGCCGUACCAAGUCGUAUGGCAGUUUGGUCCGGUCUCCGCUCUCUCCGAUUCGCCAGAGACGCAUUGAGCACAAAAUUCAGCCAGGAGAAACCUUGCAAGGGCUUUCCCUGAAAUAUGGAGUCUCGAUGGAACAAAUCAAAAGAGCAAACAGGAUGUACACCAAUGACUCCAUAUUCCUGAAGAAGUCCUUGUCAAUUCCUGUGCUGUCAGACUUGGACUGCUGUCCUGGUGAGGUGGAUUUGGUUUUUGAAGACAGCAAAGAAGGCUGUGAUUCUGCUAAAAAUGGGCACACAGAGAACUCCUUUGAGACGAAGCAAGAUGAUGGCACAGGAGUAUCAGACCUUACUCCAGGGGAUUUUUUGAAAAGAUUGGAUGGUUUGAUAAAUCAGUCCAAGCAGGCGGCUGUCAAAGGAUGCCUGGAAGCAGAGAAAAGGGUUGCCGCCCUAGAAGCAGCUUGCACCAGCAGGACAUCAGACUGUCGGCCGCUCACAAGGUCGCAGAGUGUCAUUUCAUCUCCCAGAAAACAGCAGCAGCAGCAGACACCACAUGGAGCAGUACCACUAACUAUCACCAAACUCACCAAGAAACUGAGAGACAGGGAAGAUGAGAUCUUCCAGCUGUGACAUGUUGUUUCUGCUGUCUCACUCUGAUCAUUAAAGAAACUUUCCCAGAGAGCGAUGUCACUGGCUUCGGCCUCCAGCAUAAUAGAGCAUUACACAUAAAAGAACAGAUCUUAUCUGAUCCCCUGCUGUGAUGCUGCUGUAAUGACUUGGAGUUUAAAAGUCUUUUCUCACUGCCAUUUAAAAUAGACUAUAUAAUGUUAAGUUACACUGUCUUUUAACGGGUUUUUAAAAGGAAUAUCGCACUUAUGUAUCCUUUUUAUUUAUUUGUUGGGACAUACUUUAGAUUAUGAAAAGCUCCAUAUUCCCCCGACAGCUGCUUUUGGCUUGUUUUCACGUGCAGAAAUUAAAAGAAUGAAAUGUGGAAAAUGAGAAUUCAGUCAUGUUGAUUUAGUCAUAUGACUCUUCAUACGGUCAUGUGUCAUGCUACCUCACAGCCUGCGAAUGCACAGUCACACAAGUUUUCAGAAUUAAAGCUUUACAUGCCACAGCUUUAGCUAUGGUAUGUAAAGCAUACAAGUCAUGUUCACUGUAAUAUCAAGAUGACAAAAUUGCUCACAAAUGUUACUGCUUAAGAGUUUAAACUGUAAUGGAGCCAAAGUUUAAAAAAGAGACAUGUCUUUUAGGAAUGCAUUGUGACAGCAGUCAUUUUAUUAUUUGCUAUGGGCAUAUUUUUCUUUCAAAAGUUUUGUAUAGUUCAUUUUAGAAUUAAAAAAAAAUGUGUGAAUUCAUCA